AAAACCUGAAUAGAACUCAGAAACUAAUUAACAGAUUUCCUUGGAAGUCCUCAGACAAUCCAAGCUUUAUUCUGAGACUAGGGACUGAAAAGCUGAAGCAGGUACACAUUUUCAUACAAAACAGAGGCUAAAUUCCAGAUUUAAGAGCAAAAUGACCCAGCUGUAGAUAUGGCUGCUCCUCCCUCAUGCUGAGCUGUUAACCUGGAGAUGGACGUGUCGUUCCUUGCCUCUGUAUGACGUACUUUCCCCGCUCCCUAGACUUCUCAGCGACGCAAGAGCAGAGUGAAUAAAAUGGCUUCCAACCAACGGGCUGCGGUGAGCGAAGAUAAUAUUGUAGCCUUCAGAAAACACAUGGAUAAUUAUACAUCUGGGGAGCUGAAGAGGCUGAGCGAGCACUUCCGCCCUGACUUGCUCUACGUCAUUGAGAACGACAGUCUCACUGUGCUGCAGGAACUCACCAGCAGAUGUGUCAUCACUGCUCAGCAGGCCCAGGAUUACCAUGACUGGGAGAGGAACCACGACUCAGCCAGUGCUGCAGAGAAGCUGGCAGAUGACAUUUUGGCUAUGAACCAGGCCGCAGGGCUGGGUCUUUGGGAGUGUCUGUUUGCUCUGCAGAGCAGAUGGGCUCACCCCAAUCUCCAUGGGAUGCUGGAGGAAAUCAUUCAGAAUGGUCAAAAUCUGUUAAAGGAAAAUCUCCUGAAUGAAAAUGGGCACGUGCUUGAUGCCGAACUGAAAGUUUGCCAAAAAAAGCACAAAGAUAAUCUCUGUGACUUGACAUGGAUGAUGAAGGAAAACAGGAGCUCAGGGAAGUCACGGGGACCUCAGCCUCCCUCCAUCUCUAGCCACUAUGUGGAGCUGAAGGUUGUCUCAGACCAUCACUUCAAGAAGCAGACACACCAGGAGCACGAGGCCCUGGCCGCGGCUGGGGAGCUGAAUGAAUAUCGCCUCCAGAGGAGAAUGAAGAGUGAGCUGGAGCGCAUUGCCCCUGACCGGCUUUUCCGCUGGUGCUUUCGAACCCGCCGUCUCCCCCUGUCAGUGAUGGUGAGCGGAGUCGCCGGCGUGGGCAAGACAACCCUGGUGCAGAAGUUCAUCUUUGACUGGGCAAUGGGGAAGCACUACCAGAAAUUUGCCUUUGUUUUCUUCUUCAAGUUCCGGGACCUGAACACUAUUACUGAGAAGAAGAGCCUAGAAUCUCUGCUCUGUCAAACAUAUCCACACCUCCGGGACAAGCUCCCAAGAGUCCUGGAAGACCCUGAGAAGCUGCUUUUCAUCUUCGAUGGCUUGGAUGAGAGCAAGACUGAUUUGAAAUUAAGCAGAGGUGGAUCCCAUGAGCUGUGUAGGAAUCCAGGGGAUGUGAAGCCAGUUACUGUGAUUGUCGCCAGCCUGCUGAAACAGACUCUGCUGAAGGGAUGUUCUGUGCUGCUCACCAGCCGCCCCAGCAAGUUGAGCAGUUUGGAGGAUGGAGUCUUCCAUAGAGUGGCCAGUAUCGUGGGCUUCCUCUCCAAGGAAAGGGAAAGAUACUUUUCCAUGUUCUUUGGAGAUGAGCGAGCCUCCAGGGAGGCCUUCGCGUAUGUGAGGGACAGUCAGGUUCUGUACACGUUGUGCUACAACCCGUCUUACUGCUGGAUCACAUGCACGGCCCUGAAACCCUGCUUCACUGCCAAGGCAGGGAGACCACAGCCUGCACCCAAAACAGUGACCCAGCUCUUUGUCAGCUAUGUCACCCAUAUUAUGGCCAAUCACAUGCAGGAGCGGCCUGAGCCACAGAGGAUGCGAGAUACAUUGAUAAGUGUCGGAUGGUUGGCUGAAUAUGGCAUCACAAACCACAUUCUAGUCUUUGAUCUGAAGUAUUUACAAGAUUUCAAUGUGGAGUUUUCUCCAUUCCUCAGUGGCUUCUUGGUGGAGAACCCUCAAACCGAUGACUCCUCCCAGGUGACCUACUCCUUCCUUCACCUCACCAUCCAGGAGUUCUUUGCUGCCCUCGUGCAUUACCUAGAUUAUAAGGAGGUCAAGUUCAGAGACACAAUGGCUAAAGCCAGGUCCUGUAAGGAAGGUGACUAUGAGAUCUUCUCUCGCUUCCUGGCUGGGCUCUCCCAUCCUGCAACCAAGAUGCCCCUGGAGAAAUAUGUGGGGAAGUUCUCCGCAGAGGCAACUCGCAAGGUUAUUGGGUGGCUCAGUGAGAUGAACUAUGAAGAGCUGCAAAGCCCAGAAGAGCCCGAGGGGAAGAGGAGGCUGAUGAAUGUAUUCAGUUUGUUUUUUGAAUCCCAGAACAGCCAACUUGUACGUGAUGUGGUGGGUAAAGCUGCCCAUAUGGACUUCUCAGAGUUAUACCUCAUGCCGGUGGAUUGCACAGUCCUUGCUUAUGUGUUGAGUUGCUGUGAAGAAAUACAGCGCCUAACCCUAGAUUCCUGCUUCAUCCAGAACGAGGGCCUGGAGCGACUCAGAGCUGAGCUGCACAAAGUCAGAGAACUGAGUCUCCUGGAUAACGAUCUGAAGGAUCCUACAAUGAAGGAUAUUUGCAAGGCCCUAAAGCACCAGAACUGUAGGCUAGAGGCUCUGAGCCUAGGGAGGAACGCGUUCACUGAACAGUGCUGUGAAGAACUGGCAUCUGCCCUCGCGGAAAACCGGACCCUCCUGAGUCUCGAACUCAAGAAGAAUAAACUGCGGACAGGGGGUCUUUCUUACCUGUCAAGGGUGUUUGAGUCCCCAGAGUGCAAGAUUCGGAAAUUAGGCCUCCAGGGAACUGGUUUGUCAGAUGAAUCCUGCGGGAGCCUCUGCUCUGCUCUCUCCAAAAACUCCAGCCUCCGGCAUCUGAACCUGAGUGCGAAUAUGUUCACCGAUCGCUGUGCUGAAGAAGUGCAUCUCCUUAUCCUGACGUGCCCCAGCCUCACUGAGAUCAGGCUAGGUUUGAACGACUUCUCUCCAGAGGUGGAAAAGCAGCUGAAGAACGUGCAGAGAGAAGGGCUGGCCAUUCAUUUUUAAAGAACAGAGCUGUGCUGUUCCAUGCUGUGAAAGCAGCACUGGACGCUAGUGAUGCACUGCCUGGUGCAGCAUCUACUGCCUGUGAUUCAGUGCGAGGGGUGACAGCUGGAGAUUAAAGCACACUGCAUAAGACAUAUAGGGGCACAUUGCAAGGAAACUCGGGCCAAACUCCUAUGAUGGAUCUGCUGAGCUGGGGACUACAACUCCCAUCAGUCCCCGCCGCACAUCCCCUUCCUCCUGGCCAGGUAAGGAAGCGGCAGCCACAUGGCAAGUAGGUGGCGGAAGGGAAACUGAAACAGCAGCCGCAUGGCAAGCAGGGAGUUGGAGAGAAGCUGAAUUCAGAGUGGAGUUCCCAGGAACCAUAUGUGCGGAACAGAGCCAUAUGGGACUUAUGGGGGAGCAGCAGCGCUGGGCAGGAAUCCAGCACAGAGGGGCCCCAAUGACAGACACUAACUGAGCCUGGCCUGGAAACCUACAAGUUCCUAUUUGCUUGGAAUAGAGACUGGACGGGACAGGGCACCCCAAGCACAAGGCGGGACAAGCCCUGACUCUCGACUGGACUGCCCCAGGGGCCCAAACAUUUACUGCUAUCGCUCUGUUUGAACUGUAAUUGUUUAAGCCACUAUACCUAAGGAAUCUACAACCUUUCCUUUGCUGCUGGCAUUUCUAAAGCAUUUCUGUUCUUGGUAUGAAAAUUAUUGUCCCCUCUGGCUAAGCAGCAGUUCUGCAGAAAAGGCCCUAGGGGGUUACAGGGGACAAGAAGCUGGAUAUGAGUCAGCAGUGUGCCCUUGUUGCCAAGAAGGCUAAUGGCAUAUUGGGCUGUAUUAGUAGGAG